AUGAGAAACCACAGUGUUGUUUCUGAGUUCAUCCUCCUCGGGCUGUCUGAUGAGCCCCAGAUCCAGGCUCUGCUCUUUGUACUGUUCCUUGUUAUUUACCUCCUGACCUUGAUGGGGAACCUGACGCUGCUGCUGGUAAUUAGGGCUGAUUCUCACCUCCACACCCCCAUGUACUUCUUCCUGGGACAGUUGUCCUUCCUGGAUCUCUGCCACUCCUCUGUCACAGUGCCCAAGCUGUUGGAGAACCUCCUGUCUGAGAAGAAAACCAUCUCUGUAGAGGGCUGUCUGGCUCAGGUCUUCUUUGUGUUUGCCACUGGGGGCACUGAAUCUUGCCUACUCACUGUCAUGGCCUAUGACCGCUAUGUGGCCAUCAGCUCCCCUCUGCUCUAUGGUCAGAUGAUGAACAGACAGCUGUGUAUGGGGCUGGUGUGGGGCUCAUGGAGCUUGGCUUUUUUGGAUGCUCUAAUCAAUAUCCUUGUAGCUCUCAAUUUAGACUUCUGUGGAGCUCAAAAUAUACACCACUUCAGCUGUGAACUGCCUUCUCUGUACCCUUUGUCUUGCUCUGAUGUGUCUGCGAGUUUUACUGCCCUGCUCUGCUCCAGCCUCCUGCAUUUCUUUGGAAAUUUCCUCCUGAUAUUUUUCUCCUAUGUUCGCAUUUUGUUCACCAUCCUGAGCAUCAGCUCCACUUCAGGCAGAAGCAAGGCCUUCUCCACCUGCUCCUCCCACCUCACUGCAGUGAUCUUCUUUUAUGGCUCAGGAUUACUCCGCUAUCUCAUGCCAAAUUCAGGAUCCACUCAAGAGUUGAUCUUCUCCUUCCAGUACAGCGUGGUCACUCCUAUGCUGAAUCCUCUCAUCUACAGCCUGAAGAACAAAGAGGUGAAGGCAGCUAUGAGAAGAAUUUUGGGAAAACUUGUCUAG